AUGGCCGCUUCGCAAAUACAUCUGAAAGGCGCGGCAACUCUCAUAAGACAACGAGGCACGUCUCAAUUCUCCAGCCUCGUCGGCCAUGGCAUGUUCGUGCGGUUGCGAGGUUCCAUCCUCGCCCUCUGCCUCAUGACCAGCGAGCCUCUUCCCGACUAUUUUAUACAGCAUCUCAAAGAAGAGAAACUCAAGGACAAUGACUUCGAAAUGGUGUUCUACACCCUCCUUAACCGCGUCUGCGGGCUCCGCGCCCGACAAAAACGCGCGGGGUUCGUCUCCGACGCCAUGGCCGAAGAUGCAAAAGCCACAAUCCAACAAUUCGACGACUGGCACCCCGACUUCCCAGCAUGGGUCAUGCCGCCCGGACACCGAAGUUACAAAAAGGAUGGCACAGCGCCGGGAGUCAACACGUCAUCGAUGCCCAGCGCAGACAAAGACCACCGCUUCAUCUGGGUUGCCAUGUCCUGGCUCAUUAUGCACACGUCUCGUCUCCUCGUCUUCGACAUCCUAGUUAUAUACUACCGUGCCCAGCAAGCCAUAUUACCGUCACCUGAAACAAAAGAAGCCUUACAACGUGCCACAACCGCGCAAAUAGACCUCGCCCAAGACAUACAGGACACAGUCGAGUAUUACCUUGACACUCUCAUCUCCUCGCAAGCAUCAACUCGCAGCAUCGGCGCACAUAUGCUCAUGAUGCCGCUGUCCGUGCUGCUGGGUUUGAGCACGACGGGCCCGGAAACGUUGGUUUGGGUCGCAAGGAUGGCGAGCCGCAUCGCAGAAGUUUUUGCGCUGAAGCAGGGAAAGAUAAUUGCUGAUUUCUUGAUGAAGGGUUGGAAAGGAGAGACUUUUGCGCUGAGCCCGGUGAAUAAGUCACUGAGUCGGACGGAUACGUUGGAUUUGGCAGGUGAGGGGAUGGGGACGCCAGAGGACGGACCGCUGACGCCGAGUCCGACUCCUGAUCGUAAAAUUCAUGCGGAACCGGAUAUAUUGAUUAGUUAG